AGGCGGGGCCUCGAGAGGUAGUAAUGAAUCUGCCCCCUCCCGGGGGAGAGCCGAGGAGCAUUAAUAAAUCUCUAAGCCGAGGAGGAAACUCUGGCUGGGGCAGAGCGCCGAGCUCCGACUGUUGGUGGGGACCGGCGGCCGGAACCGCAGCGCCGGCGGCGGCGGCGGCGGCGGCUGGAGCAGCACGGCCGGCAAAAUACAAUAGAGGCAACAACAGAAGGGAGCCCGUGGUCCUCUCCGUAAACACACUCCCCUCCAGCGCCGCCUCCCCCAGCGCGCGCCGUGCUGCCGGGCGCCCGUGGCCGCUCGGACUGCUAUGUAACCGCCAGACUGCGCGAGGAAGGGGACCGGAGAGAAGAGGUUCGCCCGGGGGAGCCCCUGGGGGCCAAGUUUGCGGCACUUCUGCACGCGCCCUCCCGUAGCCCUCGCCCGCCCCUUCCUCCGCCCCAGCUGGCCCGGGUGUCCUCUGCCUCCUUGCGUGCCCAGCAGCCGCGGUUCCCGGCGACCAUGGUGACGGUGGAGGAGCUGCGGGAGAUGGACUGCAGCGUGCUCAAAAGGCUGAUGAAUCGGGAUGAGAACAGCGGCGGCGCCGGCGGCAGCAGCAGCCACGGCGCCCUGGGGCUGCCGAGCGGCGGCAAGUGCCUGCUCCUGGACUGCAGACCGUUCCUGGCGCACAGCGCGGGCUACAUCCGAGGCUCGGUCAACGUGCGCUGCAACACCAUCGUGCGGCGGCGGGCCAAGGGCUCCGUGAGCCUGGAGCAGAUCCUGCCCGCCGAGGAGGAGGUGCGCGCCCGCCUGCGCUCCGGCCUCUACUCGGCGGUCAUCGUCUACGACGAGCGCAGCCCGCGCGCCGAGAGCCUCCGCGAGGACAGCACCGUGUCUCUGGUAGUUCAGGCGCUGCGCCGCAACGCCGAGCGCACCGACAUCUGCCUGCUCAAAGGUGGCUAUGAGAGGUUUUCCUCCGAAUACCCGGAAUUCUGUUCCAAAACCAAGUCCCUGGCAGCCAUCCCACCUGCUGUGUCCCCAAGCGCCCCCGAGUCCUUGGACCUGGGCUGCGGCUCCUGUGGAACCCCCCUGCACGACCAGGGGGGUCCUGUGGAGAUCCUUCCCUUCCUCUACCUCGGCAGUGCCUACCAUGCAGCCCGGAGAGACAUGCUGGACGCCCUGGGGAUCACGGCCCUGUUGAACGUCUCCUCCGACUGCCCCAACCACUUUGAAGGACACUAUCAGUACAAGUGCAUCCCGGUGGAAGACAACCACAAGGCUGACAUCAGCUCCUGGUUCAUGGAAGCCAUCGAGUAUAUCGAUGCGGUGACGGACUGCCGCGGGCGGGUGCUGGUGCACUGCCAGGCGGGCAUCUCGCGCUCGGCCACCAUCUGCCUGGCCUACCUGAUGAUGAAGAAGCGGGUGAGGCUGGAGGAGGCGUUUGAGUUCGUCAAGCAGCGGCGGAGCAUCAUCUCGCCCAACUUCAGCUUCAUGGGGCAGCUGCUGCAGUUCGAGUCGCAGGUGCUGGCCACGUCCUGUGCCGUGGAGGCCGCCAGCCCUUCCGGGCCCUUGCGGGAGCGGGGCAAGGCCACCCCCACCCCCACCUCGAAGUUUGUCUUCAGCUUCCCAGUCUCCGUGGGUGUGCACUCGGCCCCCAGCAGCCUGCCCUACCUGCACAGCCCCAUCACCACCUCCCCCAGCUGUUAGAGCCACUCUGGGAACCCCAAAACCAGUCGGCUUCUGGCAAGGGUUAGGUGGGCCAUGUGUGGGCAGCAAGUCGGGACUUGCUGGGGGCAGGCGACCAAGCUCCUUCCCAUCCAUUUCUCCUUGGCCAACCAUGGGGCCAGCUAGAAUGGCAAUAAGGACUGAAUACAUAUAAAAAGCAAACAAACAAAACACUCCAACUUACAGCAAUAAUGGCUGCCUCAGCAGGCAGGGGAGCCCUUGGUUUGGUUUAUGUGUCAGUUUUACUUUUCAGAUAGGAAUUUGUUACCUCAUUUUUUGAAGCAGUAAGGCUUGAAGUUAUGAAACCCACAGAUCCUGGCAAACGUGCGCACCCAGUUUGAUUUACGGGGAGAGGGCGGGCGGGAGGGAAAGGAACCGGAAGAAAACAGGUCUGCCGGAAGUGCCUGGUUCUCUGUGCUUGGUCCCUUUUUGUUUUCCUAGUUAGAGGAAUUUUUUUUUUUAAAGAAAUCUUUGAGGACAUGAUUUUCCUUUCUGAGUCACCCACAGGUGAAUAAUUAUGCUUAAUAAUAAAUAAAAGUAUUUAUUAAGAGUU